CACAGUAGGUUUAUUCAUUGUGAAACUGCAUGCAUUAGCAAAAGGAAAUGACAACACUAACAGACGUGUGAUUUCUAUUGUCACUUAGACUAUUUUCCUUAAGCAGUUAUACAACACGGUCAACCAAGUCCUUGAGAUGGAGGAGUUUGACUUAAACAUCAGCUAUGAUGAGAACUACUCAUAUGUGAAUAAUGGGUUAAUAAUAAUAUGUGAAGUCGAAGAUUAUAACAAGACCACCAGCGUGUUUUAUGCCACAAUCUUCUGCCUCAGCAUCCUUGGAAAUGGCUUCCUCGUGUUUGCGCUCACCUGCUACGAAGACCUGAAAAGGGCCACCAACCUUUUCAUGUUCUGUUUGGCUCUUUUCGACCUUCUGUUCACACUGACGUUGCCUUUCUGGUGCGUGGAGCUUCUUCAUCACUGGGUUUUCGGUGACAUUGCCUGCAAGAUUAUGACCGGGGCCUAUUUUGUAGGCAUCUACGGAAGCCUCAUCCUUCUCACAGCCAUGACCCUCGACCGUUUUAUUGUGGUUGUGGUCAGAAGUUACUGGUUAACACGGAGUCGAAGGCUCAAAUGUUCAAAAGCUGCCUGCGUUGGUGCCUGGAUCAUAAGUUUGAUUGCUUGCUUGAGAGAUUCGAUAGCCGCAAAGUCACAAAACAUGCAUAUCAGCACGUACGCUUGUAAAGGCACCAAUACGGUUGAUGACAACAUUGGAUAUUACGCGCAGCUCAUUCUGCUGUUCCUCGUACCGUUUGCCAUCAUUGUUUUCUGUUACACCAAAAUUAUUUUGACCCUCAUGUCAACAUCGACCAGGCAGAAAUACAGGACUGUGAUUCUGGUGCUGUGCAUUGUUAUCGCUUUCUUCAUAUGCUGGGGGCCGUAUCAUAUCAUCAUCGUGUUGAUGUCCGUCUAUGACUUUGAUCCAUGCGAACAUUAUAAGCUGCAUGUUGCAUUUAUCGUCUGCAGGAUUCUGGCAUUUUCUCACUGCUGCAUGAACCCGGCGCUGUAUAUUGUCAGAGGGAAGUACAGAAAUCUCUUGUCAAGCUUAUUGUUCUGCUCGCCUGAACUCAGGCAGUCAGGGCUCUACAGAAGAGCAACGGAUCCCAGCGACUCCAGGAUUCAUCCGUACACCAAUGAAGGAGCUCGAGAAACUUGUGAAAUGCAACAAACAAACGUCACAGAGCUGAACACACUGAAAACACUGUAAAAAUGGAGACCAUAAACAUGAUGAAUUGAUUUAUUCCCAGAAAAAUAUUUCAGUAAUGGCUGGUCAGUUAAAAAAUAUUGUUUCCUUCUUAAAGUGAUA